AUGAUUAGAGGCAAUAAGACACUACAUGGUAUUCUUGUUGUAAAACGAGGCUGCUUAACCGAUUCCACAGCCGCAAAAUCGUUGGAUGACAGCGAUGCCUCCUGGACAGGUGAAAAGGAAGGCUGUGGGUUAGGGUUCAUAGCAUUGGAGGAAAAUAAGCCAAGUCUCUACGGAGCAAGAGGAGGAAGUGCCAAGACACCCCUACACGCAGAGGCGAAUGGUCUGAUUUGGGCAAUGCAGGAGAUGACAAAGCUUGGACUUCAAGUUAUGCAUUUUGAAACAGACUGUGAGCAACUUGUGAACAUAAUUAACAGGGAGGAAGAUUGGCCAGCGCUGGCGAUGGAGAUAGAUGAAAUAAAAGAUUUUACAAGAAGCUUUACGGAGUUCUCGGUGUCAUUCAUACCUAGAGUUUUAAAUAUCCGAGCAGAUGGCCUAGCGAAAGGCGCGAGAUCACGAGCCCUCCAGUUCCCAUACGUAGACGGUUGUGCACCAAGAUGGCUAGCUAAUACUGGUCAUAUGGAUGCAAACUAG